AUGUCCAAUGUCAAGCAGCUGGACUCAAGAGUAAGAAGUUUAAUAGAGAAUGGCGUAAAAGGGAACCAUAGAUCAUUUUUCGUAUUGGUUGGUGAUCGUGGCAGAGACCAAAUCGUAAAUUUGCACUAUUUCCUCUCACAAGCCAGAUCAAGCGCUAGGCCAAAUGUUCUAUGGUGCUACAAGAAUGAUCUUGGGUUCACUUCCCACAGGAAGAAGAGAGAGCAGAAGAUCAAGAGGGAUGUCAAGAGAGGCAUCAGAGAGCCAAAUGAAGCGAAUCCAUUCGAGUUGUUUGUGUCUGUAACAGAUAUACGCUACACUUACUACAAGGACACUCCAAAGGUCCUCGGUCAGACUUUUGGGAUGCUCGUUCUUCAGGAUUUCGAGAGCAUCACUCCAAACUUAUUAGCAAGAACUAUUGAAACCGUUGAGGGCGGUGGUACCGUUGUACUCCUCCUCAAAUCUAUGUCUUCUCUCAAGCAGCUCUACAGCAUGUCGAUGGACGUCCACCAAAGGUACAGAACUGAAUCACAGCAAAAUCCAAUUAGUCGCUUCAACGAACGAUUCAUUCUCUCACUCGGCGCAAAUCCAAGUUGUCUCGUUUUGGAUGAUGAGUUGAACGUACUUCCAAUAUCUCGCGGUAAAGACAUCAAAGCCGUACAAGAACCACCCAAAAAGAAUGCCGAGCUUGAUGUUAUUAAGGAGGAACUGAAGGGUACUGACAUCGUCGGAUCAUUAGUCAAGUCUACUAAAACAGUCGAUCAGGCAAAAUCAUUGCUUACUUUUGUCGAAGCUAUAGCUGAGAAGACGCUCUCUUCAACUGUCACCCUCACUGCAGCUCGUGGUCGUGGUAAAUCUGCUGCACUCGGUUUAGCCAUGGCAGCAUCCUUGGCCCACGGCUACUCAAACAUAUUCGUCACAUCACCUACGCCUGAAAAUUUACGUACUCUUUUCGAAUUCUUGUUCAAGGGUUUGGACGGUCUCGGAUAUGAGGAGCAUUUAGACUACGAUAUCGUACAAUCAGCCAACCCAGACUUCCAAAAGGCCAUUGUUAGAGUCAACAUCUUCAAGCAUCACCGUCAAACUAUCCAAUACAUUCAGCCACAAGACGCCCAUGUCCUCGGUCAAGCUGAACUAGUGGUUAUUGAUGAAGCGGCUGCUAUACCACUACCAUUGGUCAGAAAUCUCAUAGGUCCAUACCUCGUAUUCAUGUCGUCCACCAUCAAUGGUUAUGAAGGUACAGGUAGAUCCCUUUCCCUUAAGCUCAUCCAACAGUUGAGAGAGCAAACUAGACCAACAAUUUCCAAGGAAACCAAUGACGGUCCAACCAAAAAGAAAGGCCAGCCAGAAGGUGCUACGACUGCUGGAAAGGCACGCACUUUGAGAGAAUUGAAACUGGAGGAGCCAAUCAGAUACUCACCGGGAGAUGACAUCGAAAAAUGGCUCAAUGGAUUACUUUGCUUAGAUGCUACAGUCACUAGCAAAGCAGCCUUGAAAGGCACACCUCAUCCAAACAGCUGUCAAUUAUUUUACGUCAAUAGAGAUACUCUUUUCAGCUACCACCCAGCUUCUGAAGCAUUCUUACAGCGUAUGAUGGGAUUAUAUGUUGCAUCACACUACAAGAACUCUCCAAACGAUCUUCAGCUCAUGUCAGAUGCUCCCGGUCAUGCUCUCUUUGUGCUGCUACCACCACUGAGAGGAGAUGAAACUAGUCUUCCAGAACCACUAGUUGUUCUUCAAGUGGCAUUUGAAGGUCAAAUUAGCAAAGAAAGCAUCUUGAAUGCUCUCAGCAGAGGUCAAAGAGCUGGUGGAGAUCUUAUUCCUUGGUUGAUAUCGCAGCAAUUCCAAGAUGAGAACUUUGCUCAAUUGUCUGGUGUUCGUAUCGUCAGAGUUGCCAGUCACCCAGACUAUGCCAACAUGGGCUACGGUAGCAGAGCUCUUGAGCAGCUCAAUGCCUUCUUCUCAGGUGAAAUCUACCAAGGUGGAGGUGACGACAACAUGGAAGAAACCUUUGACAGAUCUGAAGAUAGCGGUGACUUGAUGUCUGACAACAUCAAGGUUCGCGAUGCUGCCUCUAUGCCACCACUGCUUCAACGUCUCAGUGAAAGAAAGCCUGAGAAGCUUGAUUAUCUGGGUGUGUCUUACGGUAUGACAGAAAACCUCCUCAGAUUCUGGAAGAAGAGAGGAUAUGUUCCAUUGUACAUACGUCAAACUGCGAACGAGCUUACUGGUGAACAUUCCUGCCUAAUGAUUAGAGGAUUGAACAGUAAUGCAGACGAGACAAGUGGCUGGUUGUCAGCAUUCGCACAAGACUUUAGAAGAAGAUUUCUGAACUUGUUGAGCUACAAGUUCAGAGAGUUCCCCUCACUCACAGCUCUCACUGUCCUUGAGGCAACAUCGAUUGGUACAAAUGAUGACGAAGGCGGAGAGCCGCUCACAUCUAAUGAGUUGCACUACUUUAUGACCCCAUUCGAUAUGAAGAGACUGGAAAGCUAUGCCUCAAGUAUGCUGGACUAUCACGUCAUUGUUGACUUGCUUCCACAAAUUACUCAAUUCUACUUUACGAAGAGAUUCGGAGAUGAAAAACUGAGCGCUGUACAAUCGUCUAUUCUCUUGUCGCUCGGCUUACAAAGAAAGCAGAUUGAGGACGUUGAGGCAGAGUUAGACGUACCAGUAUCACAAGCGCUUGCUCUCUUCAUGAAGAGUAUUAGAAGACUUACUAAACGUCUUCAAGAUGUUGAAAAGCAAUCUAUCGGAGAGACAAUCCCAACAGCCCAAACCCAGAUCGCCAAGAAGGCAGACGGUGGUACGGGCGACUGGAGCAAGAUGAGCCAGGGCAUUGAAGAGGAACUCGACGAAGCAGGCAAAGAGGCUUUCAAGUCGGCAAAGAAAGAUGCGAUAGAUAGUCUUGAUGUGGACAAGUUCGCACUGACACAGGACGAAGAAGACUGGAGAGAAGCAGAAGAGCAAGUAAACAAAGGCAAGACCAACGUCAGCGUGAAAAAGAGGAAGGGUGAUGACGCAGCGGAGAAGACUAACAAGAAGAGCAAGAAGAGGACAUCAAAAGGCGGUUCUAAAUAA